UGGUUCGAGCUGGACUUAGUUAUCUUAUUUACUGGUAACUGGUAAACGAAUAACGGAUGACAAGGUUCCUGCAGUUUUCGAGAAUGAGCGAGCUUGUGAAAUGGGCUCCAAGCUAUGCCUUGUUCAUUCGAAGUCUAUUUCUUUGAGCGUUGUCCAAGUAAUGGAGAAUGUUAUCAAGGCAAGUUGGAAUGUGUGCGAGGUUAUAGAAAGCAUGGUAAGUUCUGUGUAGAAGAUGGAGAUAUUAAUGAAACAGCUAAGAAACUUUCGGAGUGGGUAGAAGUUCAUCUUUGUGAAGCAUAUGCUCAAUUUUUGUGCGAUGGAAUUGGGACAGUUUGGGUAAGAGAGGAUGAUGUAUGGAAGGAGUUAGAUGGACAUGAGCUGAUGAAAAAUGUUGGCUUGGACAGUGCGACCUAUAUGUAUACAAAACAAAGGGCAAUGGAUGCUGUUGGCAGAUUAUUGGAGACAAGGAGAAAUCCUCAUGGAUAGUAUCAUAGAGUUGAAGUGACCAGACUUGUUAGUUGAGCGUUAUAAGCCAUUUCCCUGUCGCAUCCGUCAGUGGCUCACUGAGCAUGCUCUUAUUAUCUUUCCAGUUUGUGUGCUGGUAUUCUCUUUCUAGAAGACUUCCUUCAAUGCUUAUGUUCUGCUAUCAAUAUGUUGAAGCUUGUUGACAAUAUCAAAAUUCACAGCUUCUCGGAUGCACAUUUUUUCUCCUAAAAGUUUGUCACAUACAAUAUCUAUCAGGCAGAGCUGAAGAACUCUACCACCAGGUACAAGUUCCUGUGUUCUUUUCUAGCACAGCCGACUGAAUGUUAGUUUCUUAUUUCAUUAAAUUGCCCCCUCCCUCGCAUUCUAAAAUGUGUUGAUUUGGUUAUCUUAAAAGUUCCAAUGGUUGAUUUUGAACAAUAUAUAGCUGGUAGAUCACUAAUAGGCUGUAAGUUAGACAUGAAACCCUAUAUCCAUCAUAUUGAUGGGAAGCUGGCAAGCAGACAGUGCCCAAUGCAUGUAAUAUUGGUGAAUGGAAAAGCAUUGUUGAUUUA